AUGCGCCAGUGUUCCGUCAAGAUCUCUGGCGGAUCCCUGAGUUUAUCGGAAGAGCGUGACAGACCACCCCUAGUGUCUGACUUGAAGUCAUCUCUGGCUCCAUCAUCCUCCAGUCUCAACACUCCAAAGUUGUCACAGCAAACCUCCAGUCAAGAAGUUUCGAUGGAGGAGAGUGAAACGGGCGUGGUCGCAGGUGGUAGCGGGGCGAGUGGAGGGGGAAUUGUGUGCCUGAGCACGGCAAGCCUAGCUUCGACCAGCAGCAGUAGCAGUUCUGAGCCUAGGUAUUUGUGCCUCAAUGUUAAAAUCGAAUUGCGAAGACGGAAAGACACAACAUUCAAUAGUUUUGUUGUUUUCACUGUUUUAUUCCAUAUCGAGACAAUUUAA